UUUUUUUUUUUUUUUUUGCUCCCCAUUUACACGCAGUUUGCUCAGCCAUUUUAUUUUUUUUCCUUUCCCCGACUAUGUAGCAAAUAUUUAAAAGAAAAGAAAGAGGAAAAAAAAAAGCAGACAUCCAUUUGCCUGUUUUGAUGCUCGUGAACCAUAAUUUUUAGAAGCAAGAAAUAGAAGGAAAAAAAAAAACAAAACCCGAAGUUUUCUCCCCAAGGACCGAGACCAUUCCACAAACUGAAGUGCUGCCAGCAGCAUAUGCUUUUUGCAAGAAUAAUUGAAACCAUUAACUGGAGAGCACAGAAUUCUUUUGAAAGUCUGCCAGUUAUUUGCAAGUAACUUUGGCAGUGGCACAAAAUAUAACACUUGUAUUUUAACUUCUACAAUUGCACUUUUAGGAGCUGGCCUCUAAUUUGAUUUUCAGUUGUUCUGAUAAGAUUUCUAUUUUAUGAUUGGCUUUAUGUUUAAUUCUUGUUUAAAGAAACACGAUUUGACUUAAAUGAAAACCUAAGUGCUGAUGAAUAGGAGUUCUACCAAAGCAACAAGUUAGUUAUUUCUUCACGUUUAACUUGAAUUCACUUUUUUACCCUUUUUUUAAAAAAAAAGAAGAAAAAAGAAGAUCAGCAGUAAAUAUUACCCUGAGGAAGGGUGCGAUUGUUUGCAUUUUAAUUUUUGUUUUUUAAUAUGGCUGUGAACGUUUCCCUGGUUCGUGAUACAAAAUGGCUGACGUUAGAAGUGUGUCGAGAGUUUCAGAGAGGGACUUGUUCUCGGUCUGAUGCAGAGUGCAAGUUCGCCCAUCCGUCACGGAGUUGCCAUGUGGAAAAUGGUCGAGUUAUUGCCUGCUUUGACUCCCUAAAGGGCCGGUGUACCCGAGAGAACUGCAAAUAUCUCCACCCUCCCCCACAUUUAAAAACACAACUUGAAAUAAAUGGACGCAACAACCUGAUCCAGCAGAAGACGGCCGCAGCCAUGUUUGCUCAGCAGAUGCAGUUCAUGCUCCCGGGCGCGCAGCUACAGCCAAUUACAACGUUUCCUGUGACUCCAUCGCUUGCAACAAGCCCCACAAUGGCUUUUAGUCCCUACCUGAGUCAUGUUUCUCCUGGGAUGGGCUUAGUUCCUGCAGAGCUUUUACCAAAUACUCCUGUCCUGGUUUCUGGAAAUCCUACUGUUACAGUACCAGGAGGCUCUGCUGGGCAGAAACUGAUGCGUACGGAUAAACUGGAGGUUUGUCGAGAGUUCCAGCGUGGAAAUUGCACACGUGGUGAGAAUGAUUGCCGCUAUGCUCACCCUAUAGAUAUUGCAAUGAUAGACACAAAUGAAAAUACUGUUACAGUUUGCAUGGAUUACAUCAAAGGUCGAUGCUCUAGGGAGAAAUGCAAGUACUUUCAUCCCCCUGCACACCUGCAAGCCAAAAUCAAGGCAGCUCAACACCAGGUGAACCAGACAGCUGCAGCUGCAAUGGCCCUGCCGCCUGGUGCACUUCAACCUUUACCAAAGAGGCCAGCACUUGAAAAAAACAAUGGUGCCACCACAGUCUUUAACCCAAGCGUUUUCCACUACCAACAGGCUCUAGCCAACAUGCAGUUGCAACAGCCUACAUUCAUCCCUACAGGGUCAGUUCUGUGCAUGACACCCACUGCAAGCGUUGUGCCCAUGAUGCACGGUGCUACGCCCACCACUGUGUCUGCAGCAACAACUCCUGCCACCAGCGUCCCCUUCGCUGCAACAGCUACCGCCAAUCAGAUAUCCCAGUUAUCAGUAGAUGAACUGAGUAGCAGCAUGUUUGUUUCACAGAUGUAGAAGUUCCCGAUAGAACACAGACCAUGUUGAAAUUCUGAACAGUAAAAUUAUGGAGCACCAGGACUUCUUGGUGGGAAGCUGCGCAUGGCCUUUCUGUAUAUAUUCCCCUCUUCCCUCUAUCAUUCUCUACCACCUCUACAGUAAGCCUGUUGCAGCCUACAUGUUAACCAAAAACUGAUCAAUGGGAAUGUCAAAAAAAAAAAAGAAAAAAAAAAGCAC